GGCUUCUGGUCCGAACGUCGCGAGGGGGCGGAACUACGGAGCCUCGUUACCGUUCCACCAGAAAGAAGGCUGUUCCUUCUCGCCCGGUCCCUCUCCUCCGCACGCGUCAAGAGCGUCAUCGUCUCUCGAGCCAAUUACAGCACGUCGCUGCCUACCGAGCUCUCUGAUUGGCUGAGCGGAAUCGAGGCCAGGCGGAAACAGAGUCGACUGGGAAGGCGGACCGAGCCGGGAAGGAUGGAGGAUGGCGGAGGGGAGUUGGGGGGCUAUUACCCUCACCAUGCGCAACGAGCUGUUUGUGACUCGCGGGCCAAGUACCGAGAGGGGCGGAGGCCCCGAGCUGUUAAGGUUUAUACAGUUAAUUUGGAAUCUCGGUACUUACUAAUUCAAGGAGUUCCUGCUGUGGGAGUUAUGAAGGAGUUGGUUGAGCAGUUUGCUUUAUUUGGUGCUAUUGAACAGUAUAAUGCUCUAGAUGAGUAUCCGGCAGAAGAAUUUACAGAAGUGUAUCUAAUUAAAUUCCAAAAAUUGCAAAGUGCAAGGGUAGCCAAACGAAAAUUGGAUGAGCGGAGUUUUUUUGGUGGUUUACUUCAUGUGUGCUAUGCUCCCGAAUUUGAAACAGUCCAAGAAACCAGAGAGAAACUACAGGAGAGGCGACGAUAUAUAGCAAGAGCAACUGGGAUUAAAGAAGAUAAAGUCCAACCUCUAACAAAGAAAGGACUGUAUACAGAACAUAAAGUUACAAGAGAUCUCAGAAAUGACUUGCAAUCAAAGGCAUCUGAAUUUUGUGCAACACCUUCAAACACUUGUACUGAGAAUCCAUGGAAUUGUCUUCCUAACUCUCGGAAUUCAGCUGCAUGUCAUGUCUCCUCCAAGUAUGCAACCUCCCAGUCAGGAGAGUUCUUAGAGGGAACACUGGUCUCCCCUCAGCAUGACAGAAACUAUAACCAAACUAUGUCAAGUUGUAACCAGAAUAACUCUUUGAUUCAGAGUGUAGAGCUGCAGCUACCUAAAACUUCAGUAGACUAUCCUGGACCACCAAGGAUUAUUCCCUCUAAUAAUGGAAUUGCUAGAUUCAUGCCUCGAACAACUCAGCUGCAAGAGCGAAAACGGAGAAGAGAAGAAGACCGUAUCCUUGGAACUUUUCUUGAAACAAACCCAAGAAAUAAAGAGGUUAUUAUUGGGCCACAGCUACCAGAAAUCCCCAAAGUGGAUAUGGAGGAUGAGUCUUUAAAUAUGUCAGCUAAUUUAAUCCGGAAUAAACUUAAGGAGUUAGCACAAACAGGAGAAGAGCCCCAAAAGACCCCUGCUGUCUCCAGCCUGUGGCCUCAAGGAGACCUAAGAGAGUUAAGAAGACCUGCGAGCCAGAGAGGCAAGCACACACCAAGAGUGAGCUCCUGGUGUGGCCAAGGGCUUUUGAUGGUAAUUUCUUCCCAACCAAAACCUUCAGAGGAAAAGCUGGAAAAUACACAUAUAAGUCGUCCAUUAAAACAAAGAAGAAGAAUAUAGAAGACAAUAGAUCUUGAAAUCAACAUGUUACCUUUUCCAAAAGAGAUCACUUACGUUACUUAAAUUUAUAACUUUUAUUACUAUUUCAUAUUUGUAUAUCCUUUGCACAUUAAAUAAGGUAAAUGAGUCAAUCUUAUCUUU